AUGGUCGCCAGCACCAACGGCGAGGUCUAUGUCCCUUUCACACGCGUUCCCAUUGUCGAGGAAGGCUUCCAGUCUAGUGAAGAUGGCUCGGAGCUGCAUUCACCCGUCUUUGAUGGUUCAUACACCCCAGAAGGUGUUACACUCGCAUAUGCCCCGGACGCUCAACUGUACAUGGCAAACUGGGAGAGGCACUACGGGCCACCGGAUACAGGCAUGCAGGUCCACGACUCCCACAUGUUGCCGGUAUUCCAGCUGUCGACACUCGCGAUCGAUCACGAAUUGCCGCAUCAGUUCAACCACGAGCUCUCGCUUCAUGAGAAUCCAAUGGUCGACUUUGACCCAUCUGCCGGCCGCUUCCAACCCAACGCGUUGACGCCUACGGCGGACUACGCAUUCGGUUUGCCGCAGAGCAGGCUCCCAGAGCCGCAGUACCGCGUUUCUCACGACAUGCUCAACGAUUCACCCACAUCCUACUCCUCGCGUCACGACGUCUCCACUGCCUCUGUUUCAUCGGCCGAGGAGGCUGCACAGAUAUCUCUUGCGUCUACUGUUGCAAAGUCCCAAGGGACGAACAGCGGCAGUACGAGCCCGUCCAGUAGCCGACCACCCCGAAGGGAAGCGUCAACGGUCGUGAUUGCGUGCAGACAAUGCCGUGCGCGCAAAAUCCGCUGUGACUCCACGCGGCCUGUAUGCCAUAAUUGUACUCGACGCAACAAUGAAUGUGAGUACGAUGCCGUCCCCAAACGACGAGGCCCCGAUAAGCGCCCUGGUACGCGGCAACGUUCGUGCAAGAAGCGGCCGACAGACGCGGCAAUGGUGCCCACAAAGAAGAAGCGAAAGUCUACCGAUGAGUCCGUAGACUCGUUUGCAGCCAGGUUGAAGGAGAACGGAGAUGACGUGAAGCCGCAUUUGUCGUUGAGCGUUGUGCAUGACUCUCAUCCGCACAUGUCUCACUCGUCGUCUCCUUUGGACGCUUCUAUCCAGCCACGCAGCGUUGGGCCUGAUCUUGGCUAUGCUAGAGGUGAAUACUCCUCAUCGUCGCGCCGGCUUCCCCUCUCUCUUGAUUUCUCGGGCCUGGAUUCUGUCUCGAAACCGUAUCUCCACCGUCAAUAUCAGGAUGACCAGAGCAAGGCUACUUUCAUUCAAAUGUCUCCGUCGGUUGAAUAUAGUCGAAGAUCUUGGUGGGAUCACUUGUUGCGUGAGCGAUCCUUGGGAGACAUCAUGGACGAUCUGAAUAUCCUCCUGACUUCCAGCAGUUACUGGCUCUCAUUCAUUCAUAUACCCACUUUCUUCCGAGAUCUACAAAAUCCUGAGCAGCGCUUGCGAAUGCAACCGGCCUUUAUAAUGUCUGCAUUGGCACUUUCUACACUCAUCAAGUCUAGCGACCUGGAGCUUGGCGCUGAGGGCCGUUCUCGCGCUAUACAUUAUCGAGACAAUGCUCAGGCUUUGCUUGAGGUCGCCUGCAGUUCUCAACUGGUUGACUAUACCCUCGCGGAAGCUGCUCUAAUCUUGGCAUUGUUCGAAUCUUCCUGCCACCCUCAGUAUUCUCCCGAGAGAGCCGUGUGCUCCCUGCAAUUCCUCGAUCGCAUCAUUCAGGUGUUAUCGCUCUGCACCCUCGACGACCACGACCCCGACACAUCCAUCUUCUCUCCUCGUGCCGUGCCUGCGGUCUUUAUUCCGGAAUCUUACCGGCCGCCGAAGAGAUGCUGUUGCGUCGUGUCUGCUCAGAGCGUCGGUUCGAAUCCUAUGGACGGCUAUCACUCCUACUCGUCUGUCAACCCGCCUUGGAACCCCAAUUGGUCCGAUGCGGAGAUACGCAAGGAGGAAUGUCGCCGGUUGUGCUGGGUCGCCCUCGCUCUGGUCGCAAGCUACACCUUCCAAUGUUCUGCAUUCCAGCGGGAACCGAUGCAAUUUGCGCUGUCAGAACCGGCUAACUAUACGCUUUUGUUCCCUGGAGAAGCGUACGAGCGCGCUCUCGGACAUGAUCAGCUCUAUGGCCAAUCUCCUAAGGAUUCCCUGUGGGCUGUAUACUGUCGGAGUCUACUCCUAUGGUGCAGCAGCAUACGUCCUAUCGAUGACAGAUGGUCGAUGGAGCAGAGGUCGCGGUCCGCCCUCGAGGUGCUCGCGGAGACGCGGACCGUCCAAGCCGCGCUGGAUAUGCACCAAUGCAAUGUGGACGGCUCGCUCAUCAAUGUGUGCAAGGAGUACCUGUACAAUACCAGGCUGACGGUCUCCUAUGAGCUUCGUCGAAUCCAGGAUAUCGAUAGCGCAGGGAUGUUUGACCGCCGACAGGCGGAAGAGUGGCUGUAUUAUCAAGAGCAAAUGGCAAAGAGUCUCAAAGCAGCCGUGUUGCAGCUGGGCGAGACUCCCGGAUAUCUUCUAUCGAGGCGCCCUUUCCAGAUCAACUGGAUCUCCAGUCAGGUCAUGAUAUGCCUGGGCUUGUGGAAGUAUGAUCGCUCGUUGACACACGCGCUGGAGCUGGCCAAGACGUUCCUGAUCCCAUUGGACGUGCUCAACGCCCUGUGGCCGUCGGCAGGUAUGUUACCCUCUGUCUGCUGUUAA